AUGCUUGAUCCGUUAAAUAAAUAUUUGCACAAGAUAGGAAUAGUUUAUCAAUUAUCAGCAUGUAUCUACACAAGGUGUCUAGGACUAGACCCAGGUUCAGCUUCAAUCUCCGCCCAGCGGAUAGUGCUAUCUACUACUGUUACUUGGCACUCCCUCCCCGAUGGAGGACACCUACGCCUCCCAUCAAAAUCAGAACCGCAGCUUCGGCCCCAAGAACACGAUCAGAAUAGCCACCACCCACAUCCCGAAGAUCCACGCAUACAGCAUCAUCCGUCCCCACCAGCCCUUCCCCUCCGUCAUCCUCCGCAACAUCCCCAUACGCUGCUCCGCAACCUUCAUAUUCCCCGCCGUGCGAUCAAUCCCAUCCACCGCGCGAGCCAGCACCGACUUCUCCGCCUCCAGGGAGGAGUGGAAUGUCUGCGCUGA